CUCGCACAUAGAAAUGUGUUUUCCAACUAUACCGCAGUAUGUUUUUUAUCGUGUCCAUAUUCAAUGCAAUUACUAUAAGUGGCUAAAAAUACUUUAAGAGUUGUGUGUGACACUGUGUUCAAUCACUAGGAGAUUUGUUCCAAAUGUAUAAUUGAAUGGACAUCAUAAUAAGCAAGGAUGUUGAAUCGAGCAAGGUGGUUGAUGCUCGCCAUAUCGGCACUACUGGCGCUGCAGUCGCGAGGAGAUGGCGGGUUCAGGCUUCCGGAUCAACCACCGAAAGAAGAGACUGAGGGACGGAAUUUACACUUUAGCGACAAUGACCAUGGACGAUCGCCUGAAGCUCAAGGUCGUGGUCUACUUGACUGGAUUGGUCUAGGCGAAGACCAGGAUCCUUACAUCCAGCAGUCCACUCAGCAAUGUCUCAACGGUGACCUUGCCGACUGCUUCAAGGCUCAAGCUUUGAGAUCUUUCGAUGACUUCUUUGAUAAACAAGCUUACCAGCUUUCAGACAACGCAGUCCUAGUCAAAGUAGAAUCCCAAGCACGUGCACUAUCCAGAGAGCCACCGCAGUUGGCAUCUCAGCCUAGAAGCGAAGACUCCGACUGGGAUGGACUCGUCAAAUACGGAAUGAGGAAAAUUGAAAGAUUUCUAAGAUCGACAGCCAUGGAACUAGAACUAAACGAUGAUGUGACAUCCAACGGUGUUAUAGCUCCGAGAUUCCUCGAUGAGAUCGCCGACGAAGUUGACAUAAUUGAAGAUAAAAAAGCCCCGCCUUUCCGUCGUCACAAGCUGAAGAAGCUGAUCAUCCCUAUGCUGUUAAUCCUGAAGUUGUUCAAGCUCAAACUGCUCUUGUUCCUGCCCCUGAUCCUCGGUUUGGCCAGCUUCAAGAAGUUCCUUGGAUUCAUGGCUCUUAUUGUUCCAGGUGUUAUUGGUUACUUCAAGUUCUGCAAGCCCAACCUGACCUCACCGUUUUCGUCCAACCAUUACAACGGACCUCAAUACUCUCCUGCGGGUAUUGGUUUGAGCCCCUAUAGGGAAGGCCAUAAUCCGUCGAAUUAUGGACAUUACGAAAACUACGCUGGUAACCAAUAUAAUAAAUAUGGUUCCAACGGCGUGGCCUUCAGGGAACACGAAGUUAAUCCCCAAGAUCUGGCGUACCAAGGUUGGGAGUACCGUAAUAAAAAAGGAGCAGAAGACAUUAAAGCCGAAGAAGCGUGAGACUAAAACAGUUGUAAAAUUUGACGAUUUUAAUUAAAGUCUUAAUAAGUGUAUAAACAAGCUGUAAUCUGCUUGAAGAAUGCAUGACGGACGAUUAGUUUUAAGCAAGCCAUUUUUUUGUCAUAAAUACUUUAAAAAUUAUCAUCAAUAAGCAAAGAUGAUUGCAAGACAUUUAAGUGUUAAUAAAUCUGAAAGAAGGGUUUACUCGUAUUCAAUGUCAUAAAGAAGAAACAAAUUAUCAUUGAUUCUAAAUACAAAAAAAUUAGAGACAAUGAUGUGAAAUAGUUGAGCAUCGAUAAAUCUCACAGAAAUUUUUAUUUUGAGCGUUUUUCUCAUUUAACUUAGCGAAUAAACAUACUUUCUUUGCUAAAUACUCAACAUAUGUCUUCAUCGUGUUAA